AUGGGGGUUGAUUACUAUAAGACACUGAAAGUAUCACCAAAUGCAACUGAAGAAGAUUUAAAGAAAUCAUACGAGAGAUUAGCGAUGAGGUGGCAUCCAGAUAAGAAUAAUGGUGAGAACAAGAAAGAAGCUGAAUUGAAAUUCAAGCAAAUAUCUGAAGCAUAUGAUGUACUUAGUGAUCCACAAAAGAGACAGAUCUAUGAUAUAUAUGGUGAUGAAGCAUUAAAAGCAGGUCAAUUUGAUCCAUCAUCACCUAUGAAUGUUGAUGCUGAAGAUAUAUUUGCGGAGUUUUUUGGUGGAUCAGAUGGGUAUAGUGGUAGUAGUGAUAGCGUGAGGGCUAAGAAAGCUGAAGAUACUUUUGCGAAGUUUUUUGGAGGAUCGGAUGGGUAUAGUGGUACUAGUGAUGGCGUGAGAGGUAGUAGUGAUAGCGUGAGGGCUAAGAAAGCUGAAGAUGUUUUUGCGGAGUUUUUUGGUGGAUCGGAUGGGCAUAGUGGUAGUAGUGAUAGCGUGAGAGGUAAGAAAGCAAAAGAUACUUUUGCGGAGUUUUUUGGUGGAUCUGAUGGGCAUAGUGGUAGUAGUGAUAGCGUGAGAGGUAAGAAAGCAAAAGAUAAUUUUGCGGAGUUUUUUGGUGGAUCGGAUGGGUAUAGUGGUAGUAGUGAUAGCGUGAGGGUUAAGAAAGCUAAAGAUACUUUUGCGGAGUUUUUUGGUGGAUCGGAUGGGUAUAGUGGUAGUGUCAGGGUUAAGAAAGCUGAACCUAUUGAGAAUAAGUUGUUGUGUGGUUUGGAAGAGUUAUAUAAGGGUUCUAAGAGGAAAAUGAAGAUAUCAAGAAUUGUUCGUGAUGAUACUGGUAAGCCCGCAACUAUUGAAGAGGUCUUGGCAAUACACAUUAAACCUGGUUGGAAGAAAGGCACAAAAAUCACUUUUCCAGAGAAAGGGAACCAUGAACCCGGAGCUGCACCUGGUGAUCUUACUUUUGUAAUAGAUGAAAAGCCACAUGAUGUUUUCAAGAGAGACGGGAAUGAUCUAGUGAUCAAUCAGAAAAUCUCAUUAGUAGAUGCUCUCGCUGGGAAAACUAUCAACUUGAUUACUUUGGAUGGAAGGGAACUCACAAUACCAAUUACAGAUGUCGUUAAACCAGGACAGGAGAAGAUAAUUUCAAAUGAAGGAAUGCCAAUAUCAAAAGAACCUGGAAAGAAAGGAAAUUUGAAGAUCAAGUUUGAGGUUAAAUUCCCGUAAAGGCUUAGUUCAGAUCAGCAUUUGGCAAUUAACAUAUUUGUUGGUUUUUUGGCAUUGUCAUUAGGCCAAUUCAGAAUUCAUGAUAUACAAAUGUGAUGCAAGUAUGCAUUACUUUUUAACUUAUUUUCGUGUAUGAGUGUGUGUGAGUAGCAAAUAAUUGGCAGCCUAAGUUAGUUAGCUAAGCUGGCAGAUUAGUUGACAGGCUGUUAGUGGAAGUAAC